AUGUCAUCAGCAGCAGGAGGCGCAUUUAGAAGAUUUCUCAAUAGCGAAACUGGUCCAAAAACAGUACAUUUCUGGGCACCAACCCUCAAAUGGGCUCUAGUAUUCGCCGGUAUCAGCGACAUCCAAAGACCAGUCGACAAACUCUCCGGGAUCCAAAAUCUAUCACUACUCGCCACAGGCGUUAUCUGGACGCGUUGGUCGUUCGUCAUCAAGCCCAAAAACAUGCUGCUCGCAUCCGUCAAUUUCUUCCUUGCGGGCACCGCCGGGUACCAGCUCUCGCGUAUUUGGAACUACCGUAUGCAGCAGGGCGACUCCACCAUGCAGGCGGCUGACUACGUCAUCAACGGACCCCGCAAACCCGAUAACAAGAUCUACAAGCUCCAAGGAUCUUCCAACCAGGUCAACAACUCGAUGAGCCACGGCUCUGCUGCAUAG